AUUCUUAUCAUCUCCCCCAAAAAAAAACAAGUCAAAAAAAUUCUUCACAACAUCAAAAUAUGGCAACCCAAUUGAACAAUCAAUUCAAAACUUCAAUUCUAAAUCACAAAACACAAAAACAAAACAACCCUUUCACAACAACAACACAAAGAAAAAGAACCAUAAAAUUUCAAGUUAUCAAUGCUUCAUCCAAUGGCAACAAUGGAAAGCAACUAAUAGAAAGUGGUAAAGUAAGAACAAUUUGGCCAAAAGAAGCUUUCACAAUUAUGAACUCAGAGGGUUUCAUUCUACUUGAUGUUAGACCCAAUUGGGAGAGAGAAAAGGCACGUGUGAAAGGGUCUUUGCACGUGCCAAUGUUUGUGGAAGAUAAGGAUAAUGGUCCUUUAACUUUGGUUAAGAAAUGGGUUCAUUUUGGUUACAUUGGAUUGUGGACUGGCCAAUAUUUUACUACAUUUAACUAUGAAUUUCUUAGUCAAGUGGAAAAUGUUGUUCCUGGGAAAGACACUAAGGUUCUUGUGGCAUGUGGAGAAGGAUUAAGAUCAAUAACAGCAGCUUCAAAGCUGUACAAUGGGGGUUACGAAAAUGUUGGAUGGUUAGCUGGAGGAUUUAAUCGUUCAAAAGACAAUGAUUUUUUAGCAAUAGAAGGAAAAGAGAAAUUGCAGUAUGCUACAAUAGGGGGUGCCUCUUACUAUUUUCUUCAGUUGCUCAUACUUCUACAAGUUGUUGGUAAAUGAUAGAUUAUUAAUUAUUACGUUUAAUUAUGCAUUUGUUCUCUAUGUAAAUAUACUAUUCUUUGUUUUUGGUACUUGUUCUAGAUUAAAUAUAUAUAUAUACACAUGAGUGUUUACUCUAUUGAA